AAAGAGAGCAUCCAAUCACAACAAAGCAGGUGUGAUCCAAGAGAGUCUGAGAAGUACACAGGUAAGAGAGGAGAGGGGAGACUUUCGAACAAAGAACUGAGAAAGAGAGAGGCUGAGCCACCUUUACAGUGACGAAGAAGAAAGGGAAAGACGGCGAUGAUACCAUCGGGUACUCUUGCAUUAGAAUUAUAACCUGUCAGACCAACUGUCGACUGAUAGAGGGCAUAGCAGGACUUAGCAGAGAAUAGAAAAAUAAAUAGGUUGAACCACUGUGAAUCUUGCAUGGAAAUUUAAUUACAGCAUACAUAUAUAACCUUAGAAUUGUGAACCAUUUUUUGUUAACGAUCAUGAUGCUUUACUGAAUUGAGAGAAGGAAAUAAAUAGAGUGUGUGCAAAAAAGAACAAAACAGUAGAAAAGACCGUACAGAGAGUACAGACAGAAAGGAAACAUCGGAAUAAAUUAGAAAAACAAAAAGCCAGACUGAUGAAGUGCAGGGGGGCGGACAACUCGCAGUGGGACAGCAAGAUGCCCCAGAUGACCUCCUUUGUGAGGCUGCUGGCCCGGGAGACAGAGAAGAUGGUGUCCUUCUUCUUCAAGGGAGAACCCCAGGAGGAGGAAGGGCUGGACCGUGUCUACUUGGACCAGCCGGUGCUAGACAAGGAAACGGGCGAGGGGGGCACGCGGGGGGGCCUGCGCUAUGCCUUGGCCAGCAUGCAAGGCUGGAGGGCACAAAUGGAGGAUGCCCACUCGUGUGUGGCUGAGCUGCCAGGAGAGCUGUCCGACUGGUGCUUCUUUGCUGUUUACGACGGGCAUGCUGGCUCCAAAGUGGCCCAGUACUGCUCUAACCACUUACUGGAGCACAUCUUAAAAGCUGGAGGAGUGAAGCAAGGUGGGGACCCGGAGACAGUGAAGGACAGCAUCCGGGAAGGCUUUCUGACCAUCGACAGCUACAUGCAUCGGUUGACAAGGUACCGGGGCUGGGACAGCAGCGGUUCGACCGCUGUGGCCGUCAUGCUUUCACCCGAGCAUAUCUAUUUCAUCAACUGCGGCGAUUCCCGGGCUGUCCUGUGCCGUGACGGAGAGGUGUGCUUCUACACUGAAGAUCACAAGCCUUUUAACCCUCGGGAGAGGGAGAGGAUUCAGAAUGCAGGCGGGACGGUGACCCUGCAGAGGGUGAACGGCUCGCUGGCUGUGUCCCGGGCGCUGGGCGAUUUUGAUUUCAAGGAGGUGGAGUGGCGCUCCCCCACCGAGCAGCUGGUUUCCCCCGAACCGGAGGUGUAUGAGGUGGCCCGCUCCCCUGGGGAUGAGUUUUUGGUGCUGGCCUGCGAUGGAGUCUGGGACAUUAUAAGUAAUGAGGCUCUGUGCGCCUUCGUUACGAACCGGCUCCAGGUUUGCAGUGAUCUGAAGGAAGUGUGCGCUCAGAUCAUUGAUACAUGUCUGUAUAAGGGCAGUCAGGACAACAUAAGCAUCACCCUGAUCUGCUUCCCUGGCGCCCCCCAGGUGUCACCAGAGGCACUGCAGCGUGAGGCUGAGCUGGAGGAAGUGCUGGAAAGCAGAGUGGCAGAAAUCUUCGAGGAGUGGCAGGAGGAAGGCGUGCCUGACCUGAUCUAUGUGAUGAAAUACCUGCAAUCUGAGAUAAUCCCAGGACUGCCACCAGGGGGCGGACUGGCCAACAAGAGGGACACUGUUAUUUCUGCAUAUUACAAGCUAAGAGCUGAGAAGGGCAUACUCGGAGAGUCCACGGAUAUCAACGUUUCAGACGACUCCGGCUAACAGCCUAUUUCUGUGGAAACAGAAUGCCAGUGUGCAACAUCUCCAUGGAAACACCACCCUCACAUCCUAGCAAGCUUCCUGAACCAUGUCUGAAAAGCUAGCCAAUCACAAGCUAGCACAGACUGCAUGUCAUCCAUACAUGGACAAAAAAUAUGUAGGGUUAUAAAAGAGGUAUGUGUUAAGGUUUUGCUCUACAGUUGUAGCUGCCUGUCCUAGAUAUAUGAGUUUAAAUAGCACUAAAGUUGCUUAGUAAAUUCAUAUGUACUUACACAUAACUACAAUGUUAUCAUGCAUAGUUACAAUGUGCCUCAGACUGUAUUUGUGUUUGAACACACAUUGCUGAACCUUUCUGUAAACAUUGAAGGGCAUAUUGAGGUUUCUGGUCUCAUUGGAAAACACUAUAACAGGAUUGGCCAACCCUGGUCCUGGAGAGCCACAGGGUCUUCUGGUUUUCGUUCCACCUGAUUUCUCAAUUACUUAAUAGAACCAAUUAUUAUUGGUCGACAAUUAAUUCCCCAGUUCUUUAGCCUAGUUUCCUACUAUGUAUUCUUUCUUGCCUUGAAAAAUAUAUCAUUACACAA